AUGCCCGUCGACCCAAAUGGAGCAGAGACCUCCGCAGCAGGUGCCAAACGCAAGAGGACUCCGGCCCCGGACGAAGGCCGACAGAGCGUGCCGCCCAUGCAGCAUUCCGGUGUUGGACCGCCUAUCAAUUACUUGUCGAAGGCGAAGCCGGAGAGGCUGCGGUUGAUUGAGGGGGAUAGCGAAACUUUCGGGGAUGUGUUGGGAAUGAUUGAUGACUAUGAAGGUGUUCUUCAACGACAGGAAUCCCUAGCCGCCAACCUCGGGGCAAAACUCGUUGGACCACUGCUCCUCAAAUCCUUCGAGAAGCUAUUCGAUGGACCCAUCAAGACAAUCACACCAUACGCUUUUGGAGUCGAACAAACUCCAGUCUCCUGGCUCGAAAUUGUCACGUACGCUCGAACCAAUCCAGCAGACUUUGUCCUCACCGAAACCAUCCAAGGAUUCAGGGCCUGUCGAUUUUGGAUCAAGGGAGGCCAGGUCGAAAUUUCGGAGGACGAUUGGAGGCUGAUCAUGUCUGGUGGUCCCGAACGAAUGAUCCCUACCCAACCACUCGCCGAGGAUGAAGCAGCUGAACUGGGGACGCUGAAUAUCCUGGAAACUCGCCUAGCUAUGCUCAUCAAGAAGGCAGACGCUGUUGCUAGCAAAGCGAGACAGCUGAACUACCAGUUGAAGGGAAGAAAGACUGCUGUUUUGAAUAGAAAGUCCGCCGAACAGCCUUUGAAUCCUGACCCUGAGAAUAGGAACUUCACCCCGGCUCCAUUCUCGGUUAUCAAUGCAAGGUCUAAUGGAGAAGCGAAGAUGCAACAGAACUUGCUGGAUCAAUUUACUUCGCUUGACAGAAGGCAAUCUGCCCCUCACGGCCGACCAAGGACAAGCCGCACUUCCGCCGUGGAACAGCCAACCUUUCACUCUUAUGGCUCCCAAGAGCCCGAUACUCGCCGACUGUCACAACCACUGAGUUCGUGCGAAGAUGGCACAGAGGGCCAGUACCGAGUACUGAUGGCCUCUAAAAUCGAGAAGCUGUCACGGGGAGACCCUGUAUACCCACCCUGUGAUAGAUGUCGACGUUUGAACUUCGAGUGCACGAAACAUCUUACUGCAUGUCAGGCCUGCACGAAGAAGCACGCAAAGUGCGCAUGGAAGGAGAUCAAGGAGGGGGAGCUGGAUCACGUGCCGCUGAUGCUGGGAUUGGGGAAUGGAAUAUCGCAGACACAGAUACAGGUCGAUUCUAGUCUGGAAUUAGGACUGAGAACGGGCCCGGACGGAGGUUUCGGGGCCGGGGAUGGUCAACAGCAACAGCAUACUCAUCCUAUGAUGGUCGAUAGGGAGAGCCACGGGGAUGGCCAGCGGGAACGAGAGUGGGAGAGUGGGAGGGAGAGAGAUCGGGGGGUAGAGAAUGAGCAUGCUAUGUUGACGCGGAUUGCGGCGGCAGCAGCGGGACGAUGA